AUUACCACAACUACCUUCAUUUGAAAGUAUGUUUAUUGCUGGUGACAAAUCAUUUUUAGCCAUCUUAAAUGAUAGAGACAUAACUGGUGCUAUUCCUAAAACUUAUGUAUUGUCAAAAAACGACUUAGCAAAAAAUCUUAAUAUUUUUGAACAACAUAAAGCAGUCCUCAAAGCAGGUAAUUCAAGUAGAGGUAAUGAAGUUAUAUUGGGAAAAAAUUUUAAAAAUAGUUGGAAGGACAAAUUAAAAGAGAUUAUGAAUUCCAAUAAAGAAUGGAUAGUACAAGAACUCUGCUAUUUGCAAAAUACUAAAGAUAAUAGAUAUGAAGAUAUUAUAGUUUUUGUUGCUGAUGGCGUUGUUCAGGGAAUUGGGUCCAGAAUUUCUUCUAAAGAAAUAGUAAAUAUUAGACAAGGUGGAUUUGCCCAGUCUGUCGUCUUGAA